AUGGAAGACUCUUACAAGGAGUUUGUAACACUUGGAAUGUUUAUCAUCGACAUCUUUCGAUACGUCGACAAUGAGGGCAAUGAUAUAGAUCAAUCCCAAACCGAUAACCAAAUUGGCGGCGGGGGCACUUAUUGCGUAGUCGGCGCAAGGAUCUGGCUGCCGCCGCCCAAGAUUGGCAUGAUAGUUGAUAGAGGCCAUGAUUUCCCUUCCGAUGUGCAACGAGAAUUAGAUAAUUAUGGUGAAGAUAUAUGGUUAUUUCGCGACAACCCCACGCGGAGAACUACGCUGGCGGCAAAUAUUUACUGCGGAAACCAUCGACGAUUCGAGUAUUUAACCCCAGGAUUGCAGAUUUCUCCAAACGACCUCACGUCUACAGGACUUCAGUUCCCUUCUUACCUACAUUUCAUAUGUUCGCCUCAAAGAGCUUCCGAAAUACUGAGGGAGAUCGACGCAGUGCCAUCGUGGUUCCCAUUUAUUAUAUACGAGCCAAUACCUGUGAACGCCGAAUCUUCGGCUUGUGAGCUGAUAUUUAUCGGACGCAUUACAAGCCGCACAAGCGCUUCUUGGUUUGGGGCAAAGGCGGUUAUCGUCCGCAGUGGCGCAUUAGGGGCGUAUGUUAUUCCUGAGCAUGGCCAAUCUGGGCAUUGGGUAGAGGCAUAUUUUGGUGCCGAGGAUGGCCAGCGCAUCAACGACGUUACUGGGGCUGGUAACGCGUUUCUCGGUGGUCUCGCUGCCGGACUCUCUUUCUGCAAUGGGGAUCUUUUGGAAGCCUCCUUCUAUGCAACGGUGUCGGCAAGCUACACGAUUGAACAGUACGGAUUACCCCUCCUGACCUCUCGAACUUCAUCCGAUGGGUCGAAAAUUGAGCUGUGGAAUGGUGAGAAUCCUUUCUCCCGCCUGAAGAAUGUGAAAGAUCGCUUCCUGUCCACCUCCCAUCAUGCAAGUGUUCACGGUUGA